GCCUGAAAUAAAAGACCGUCUAAUGGAGGUGGAAACUACAAACUACAAAAUGUCUGAAAGUAAAGUCAUCCCUGAAGAGGAAAUGCCUGAAAUAAAAGACCCUCUAAUGGAGGUGGAAACUACAAACUACAAAAUGUCUGAAAGUAAAGUCAUCCCUGAAGAGGAAAUGCCUGAAAUAAAAGACCCUCUAAUGGAGGAGGAAACUACAAACUACAAAAUGUCUGAAAGUAAAGUCAUCCCUGAAGAGGAAAUGCCUGAAAUAAAAGACCCUCUAAUGGAGGUGGAAACUACAAACUACAAAAUGUCUGAAAGUAAAGUCAUCCCUGAAGAGGAAAUGCCUGAAAUAAAAGACCCUCUAAUGGAGGAGGAGAGUACUCAUAAAAUGUCUGAGAGUAAACUCAUCCCUGAAGGAGAGAAGGUCGAAAUAUUACACCCCCAAAUGGAGAAGAGAAACAUCCCUCACAGUAGUACAUGCCUUCCAGAUGAGGAAUUGCCAGACCCCCCAGUGAAGGAUACUGAAUUGACAGAAAAAAUAGACCCCUCAACUGAGGAUAAUGUCGAUAACAUCUGUAGAGGUUUCAACGUCGUUAAAAUACAUGAAGAGGAGAAAGAUUUUGAAGAUCAACAUCAAAAGAAGAGGAUAAGGAACAGUAUUUAUCAACUGGAAUUAAAACAGACAGAGAGCAGGCUUAUUGGAAAUGAAAGAGAUUUGACCUCAGGCAGACCUAUAGUGGAGAAUUUAGGAAGGCUGGAAGAUCUUCAUAUUGAAUUAGAAGGAGAAGCAUGUAGUGAAAAUCAUGUAAAUGAAGUCUUCAGCUCUGAUUCUGAAGAAAGUAUUGAAAAUCGAACAGACAUACUAUUGGAGGAAAAGAUACAUGACAGUCGACAAAUUCAGGACAUUGACCAUCUACGGGAUAUGAUCCGCAAUAAAGACGUGGGCUUUGGAUCGCACCUUCGCGUGAGGAGACAGCGAGGGUUUUAUCAAUAUUUUCACCAUAUUUUUACUCUGGAAGCCAACAACCAAUCCAUGACAGUUCUACAUUUAGCUAUAACCUUACCGCUGAACAUAUUUUGUGAUAAGGCUAUAAUCAAUUUUUCUGAUUUUAACAAUACUUUUUUGAAUUUCAGUCGGGGAGUUGAACUUCUCAGUUGGUAUGCAAUUCCAACAAAUAGAACGUUAGACAAAAUUAAUCAAAGAAUAGAGGAAGUAAUGACAUUAGGUUUCAUUAACUACAGUCUUACCUCCCCUGAUAAAAUGAAUUGUGCUUCUUUAGUUUCGUACAUUUUAAUUGGGGAGAAAGAUCACAGAGAAGUGUUUGAAUUUAUCUGCCGCCAUGCAGUGUCUGGCAUUUAUCUCAUUUUAUUUGUAAAUUGCAUUUGUUAUUUGAUAUCUAAUAUUAGAUAUUUUUAUGAUUCAGCUGCAAAAUUCAAAGCUAAAUUAACAGAUAUAUUUCAAUUAUUCAAGUUAAAUAUAUCAGAAAAGUUCUACUCAUUUCUUAGUUGUCUAUGUAUUAUUUGGGAUUUAGUUGCUAAUUUUGUAAAUAUGCUCUUUAGAAAAAUUGAAAAAAAGAGAAAAGAGAGCGAUGAAAACUGGGGGUAACUAUUAUCAAAUAGGGACAUAUUUUCAAGGUGAUUUGAAAUUUACAGCAAAGCAGGUUGACUGAGGACUAUAUUGUGCAUUAAUAAAUUGGUAAUGUAAAUUAUGAUAGAUAGAAAAUAAGAUUCAUUGAUAUUGUUUAGUUAAAAAAAAAUAUCUAGUCAAUAGAUUAUUGAGAGAGUUUGCUCUCUUGGUCUAUUCGGCCACAUAAUGCACAUACCGGUUUAUAUCCGUUUUGUUUUAUAUUGUUCUCUACACAGUUUUAUGAGACAAAAGAUUUGUCAUUUAAUAUCAUGUCAUUGUCAGAAAAAAUCCUCAACAAUGCAUAUUAUUUUUAAUAGGUGUCAAGGUAUUUUGUUUCAGAAAAUGUAAACACUAUAUUUACUUGAUAAAUAUAUGUAUAUUACAAUGACAAAAAGAAGAGAGCAGUAAAUGUUUUAAAGUGAUUGAUCAAG